CGGGACCGAGCGCGCGCGGCGAGCGGGCUGCGCCAUGAGGGAGCGCCGCUGACCCCGAUGGCUCAGGACAACGCUGCCUUCUGUGGGGUCCCCGAGGGGGUCCUGGGGGGGGUCCCCAGUGAGACCAAACCCCCUCCCCCCGCCCCUCCCGCCCCCCCCAAGCGCCGCCCGUGGGGGGCCGGGGGGGGUCCCGCGGCCCGGAAGCGCCAGCGGUACGUGGAGAAGGACGGGAAGUGCAACGUCCAGCACGGGAACGUGCGCGAGACCUACCGGUACCUCACCGACAUCUUCACCACCCUGGUGGACCUCAAGUGGCGCUUCAGCCUCCUCAUCUUCAUCCUGGCCUACGCCCUCACCUGGCUCUUCUUCGGCCUCAUCUGGUGGGUCAUCGCCUACAGCCGGGGGGACCUGGAGCACCUGGGUGACCACGCCUGGACCCCCUGCGUCAACAACCUCAAUGGUUUCGUGUCCGCCUUCCUCUUCUCCAUCGAGACCGAGACCACCAUCGGCUACGGCCACCGGGUCAUCACCGACACCUGCCCCGAGGGCAUCGUGCUGCUGCUGCUGCAGGCCAUCCUGGGCUCCAUGGUCAACGCCUUCAUGGUGGGCUGCAUGUUCGUGAAGAUCUCGCAGCCCAACAAGCGCGCCGAGACCUUGGUGUUCUCCUCGCACGCCGUGGUCUCGCUGCGCGACGACCGCCUGUGCCUCAUGUUCCGCGUGGGAGACCUGCGUGACUCGCACAUCGUGGAGGCCUCGAUCCGCGCCAAGCUCAUCCAGUCCAAGCAGACCCAGGAGGGCGAGUUCAUCCCGCUGGACCAGACCGACCUGAGCGUGGGCUUCGAGACGGGCGACGACCGCCUCUUCCUCGUGUCCCCCCUCAUCAUCAGCCACGAGAUCGAUGAGAGGAGCCCCUUCUGGGACGUGUCGCGGGGGCAGCUGGAGAGAGACGACUUCGAGAUCGUCGUCAUCCUCGAGGGGAUGGUGGAGGCCACAGGUAUUGGGGUGCCCCAAAUCAGGGUGCAGCGCAGAUUGGGGUCCCCAUGCCCCCCCCGAUCCCCUGGUGCCCCCUCCCGCUGCCCCCCAGGGAUGACGUGCCAGGCACGCAGCUCGUACCUGGCGGACGAGGUGCUGUGGGGUCACCGCUUCACACCGCUGCUCAGCCUCGAGGAGGGGUUCUAUGAGGUGGACUACGGGGGCUUCCACCACACGGUGCCCGUGCCCACCCCAGCUUGCAGCGCCCGCCAGCUCGCCGCCGCCGCCGCCCGCCGCGACGCCCACCUCUACUGGUCCAUCCCCAGCCGCCUGGAUGAGGCGGCGGCCGCGGGGGGUGAGGGGGACCCCGAAAUCCCCCGCGAGAGCAACGGCACCUUGGCUGGCCCCGAGAAGCGGUGAUGGGCUCCAGAGCACCCCCGUGUACAAUAAAUGUCCC